AUUAAUUUCAUAAAUUACUUAAUAAAGUCUGGAUUUUUUCUUUAGCAUUCUGACAAUUUCUUUCUUCUGAUACGAAUUUUUGAUAAUUUGGAAAUUCCGAAUCGUAAUAAAAUUUGAGGGAGUUUUUGGAGCCAAAUUGAAGCCGCCCUUGGCAAAUUUGAAAUUUAAGUUUACCGGGCCGGGCCUUCUUUUAAAAAUGAGUAUUUAAUGUGUAAGUCGCCGCCCGCCUGAUUUGAAAGUCGAAGCGAUUUCCUUUUCAUUUUAGUCUUUACUGAAGAAGAAAGAAACCAAGAGACAGAGGUAGUGACUCUCGACUGAUACAUCUGGUAAGUGGUAAAUUAAUUCCUCCUCCUUUUUUUUAUCAAUACAAUGUCCUGAAACUUGAAUUGAACAGAUUUUCUUCCGUUCUGAAACUUGAAUUCAUCUGGUUUAUUGACUUUAUCCGUACGGUCGAGCAUGGUCAUAUAUAAAGUUCAUGAAACCUUACUGGGGACCCGUAAGAACCCUUUUCAAAUUUAAUCUAAUUUUGUUAUCUAUGGAUGCGAAUUCAUUUGUUAGAUGGAAAUUGGAUAAAGGAAUUUCCUAUAUAUUGCAGUAGCUGGUUAGCUUCUCAUGUACUAAUGUCAAUGUUGUGCUUGUGGUGGUGUUUUUCAUUUUUAUUUUCUUUUGCAGAAAAGGUGGAAUUGUUUGGCGAGAAGGGUUGCAGAAGCAUUGUGGUUUGGGUGUGGCUGAGACCUGGGAGUUGCUGAGAGUGAUUACAACUUGCCAUGCCAAUGGUGCUUCAGAGCACUAUCCCAUUCCCGGAUUCAGUUAAAAUGGGUAAAAACCACCUUUGCAUUUCUGUACUUCAAAGUUAUGGGAUCAAAAUUGUUUCCCUUCACAAACCUUGUUCAGCUCAAGUUUUGGGAACUGAUAGUCUUGGUGGAGAUAUCCAGUCGUGUAAGCUGUGUGGUCAUUCAGAAAAUAUAGCAAAUAUGCUACUUUGCGAUCGUUGCGAAGAGGCUUUUCAUGUAUCUUGCUGCAAACCCAGGGUGGUUUUGCCAAUUGAUGAGUGGUUUUGUCCUUCUUGUUUGAAAAUGUCACAGAAUAAUUCUUUCAUUAAAUCACCUAGCAUCGGUUCGGGGAUUGGCUCGUGUAAAUUUGAAUUGGGUCCAAUUGCAGUCAUGCUAAAGUACCCAGAGCCAUAUACGUCUAAGGUUCGGCUCGGUGAAGCAUUUCAAGCUCAAGUUCCUGAAUGGUGUGAUCAAAUUAAUGCGGCUCCAUUGUCUGAUGUCCAAACUGAAGACCCGGAUUGUUCUUCUCAUUCCGCUUGUGCUGAUCCUCCGAUGAGAUCAUCCGGCACUGGCAUUGCCUGUAGAAAGAGAAAACAAGAGUUCUCAUCAUGAAUGGUGGCAAACCCCUAAAAUAAUUUCAAUUCUGACACGCUCUCUGAUCUUAUAUCGAUCAGUCAGACCGAUAACUUAAGCAGAAAGGAAUAUUGACACCCUUGGUUUUGUUGCAAACUACCAACUGGCAAGUAAGUAAUUUUGGGAUCACAAGUGAAAACCUUUUGCAUCUGAGUUUUGUGGCUGGCUAGCUAGUUGGUACGGUAGGGCCCUUUUAACCAUUACGAAGGGGGACAGUGGCUUCAUCGUCUUGAUUCUCUUUUCAAUUAUUUCAUUGGGGGUUGUGGGCUGGGUCAUAAUUUUGUGUGUGAUAUUUGUAAGUUUGAUGAUGUGAGUGAGUGCGUGAGUGGUUGGACUUGACACCACUAGAACUGCCUGCUCAUACAAAGCACAACUGUGGGUCCUUGUAAGGUCCACAGCCACAAACAAUUCAUCUUGAAAACAUAGACGUAGAGAAUUGCGUGUGCAGCGUGCUCAGGAGGAGGAGGAGGCAACCGGAUCUUCGCGUCCACCAGUCAGUCAACUUCAAUAAUUCCUUUUGUUUCUUGCUUGCUUGCUUGCGUUGCUUGCUUGCGUUGCUUGCUUGAUUUAUAAAUUAUAGUUGCCUUCAAGCGAGCCAACACCAUUUUGGUACAAGACGAUUGGCUGGCUAACAACAGGCCAUCCGAUCCCAUCCAAUCCCAUCUUUCUCUGGGGGAGGGGGAUGGGGUCCAUAAUCCAUUCAUUGCUUCCUUUCUGUUGUAUUAAACGAUAAACUUUUCCGUUUUUAAACAUUUUGCAAAACUCAAAGAUGAAUCAGAUUUCAAGUAUUCAACUUUGUAAUUCACCAGCAGGCAGCUUCCAUUCCAGUCAUGUUAUCUACUGAUCGUUAGACUGGUUA